UGCUUUUCCUUCUCUUUCUCAAUCUACAAUGACCAACUAUUUGUAGUUGACACAGAAUUUACACCUCUUUUCUGCGUAGCUAAAUUGAAUACCAAUGUUCACUUGUUUUGGAUGGAUAAAUGGCUUAGAAGCGGUUUGCCCGGAUUGGAAUGUGCAAACAAUUUUUGUUGCUCGAAAUAGAGUCCCCUGUCAAUCUUCUCUUAAUAUUGCAGAGGCGACCAUGCUUGUUCGCCUUAAAAUAAUAAUAAUAAUAAUAAAUGGACCGAAACUGCAUUUGCCAACUUACCAUAAUAAUAUGAACAAUCCAAAAACUAUCUCCUUUCCCUUCCCGCGUCUAUAUAAACGCCUCGUACUAUAAAUCAAAUUCAGACGGGCUCAGAACUCCACCACAUCCAACCCAAAAGGAUUCAGAAAUGUCUGACGGCGACAGCACUCACCAUCAACACACAAAACCAGAAGAAGAAGAAGAAGAAGAAGAAAAUCCGGUUCAUGGAGACAUACUAGAGUCCGUGCUCUCGCAUGUGCCGCUCGUGGAUCUACUCCCUGCUUCUCACGUCUCCAAGUCAUGGAACGUCGCCGUUUCCUCCUCUCUCCGCAACUUGAACCCAGUCAAGCCGUGGCUGGUCGUCCACGCCCAAUCCAGACGGCCACCGUUCGCCACAACCACGCACGCUUACGAUCCUCGCUCGCACGUGUGGGUAGAACUCAAGCAACACCCCGUCAAACACCAAUCCCCACUUCGAUCCUCCCACUCCACCAUCCUCUACACACUCUCCACCUCUAAAUUCUCUUUCUCCGUUGACCCCCUCCAUCUUACCUGGCACCACGUUGACGGCCCGAAAGUCUGGCGAACCGACCCGGUCGUGGCUGCUGUUGGUGAGGUCGUGGUGCUAGCCGGAGGAACGUGCGACUUCGAGGAGAAUCCCCUGGCGGUGGAGAUCUUUGACUUGCAGACCCGAAGUUGGGAAACUUGCGAGUCAAUGCCUGAGAUCUUGAAGGACUCGGCCUCCUCGACAUGGGUCUCGGUGGCGGUGAAGUCGAGAAAGAUGUACGUUGUGGAGAAGAGAUCUGGUAAGGGGUUCGCGUUUGAUACGGAGACGAAGAGGUGGGAAGGACCGUACGAUGUUAUAAAACCAGAUGAUGGGGUGUUCUCGUGCGCGAUUACGUUCGUGGAGGAGCGUAUGGUGGUGGUGGGGAUUAUGGGGGAAGAAGGGAAUGUGAGAGGCGUUAAGAUGUGGGAAGUGAAAGGGAAGUUGUUGGAGGAGAUGAGGGAGAUGGGGGAGAUGCCGGAGGCGUGUUUGGAGACAUUGAAGGGAGAGGAAGAUGAGUGGAGGGGAAUGGCGUCGGUGUCAUUGGAGUCGGCGGAGGAAAUGGUUUAUAUUUACAACCCGGCGGAAGGUGAAGAGUUGGUCGUGUGCGAGGUGGUGGGUGGAGUGGUGGGUCGAUGGCGGAGCGUACGGAACGCGGUGGUGAAAGAUAGGAGUGGCGCGGUGGGGGAGAGGGUUGUGGUUUCGUGUUCGAGCGUCAGCAUGGCUGAUUUACGGCUGGCUUUGGGCAAUGACACCGGCAGAUUCUCGGUCAAGGGAAUGGAAUUCUGAUGUCGUUUCUGGUUUAUUCUUGCUGCGUUUCGUGGGAUUUUAUUAUUGUUUUUCAAUUUAAUUGAGUAAGAGAAGUAGGUCGUCCAAACAUGCAAUCGCUCUUUUAAGUAUUUGAAGUAGUU